UGUACCAUAGACACAGAUAUCUUAAAAUACAAAUAUAUCAAUAAAUACAGCAUUGGGUGUUUUGAUUUCACGAACAGAGAGUUACAUGUUGUAAAGUCUAGAUACAGUCGUGUCUGAAAAUGCUCAGGCCAUUUUUAAAAUGUUGCGUUUGUGGAAGACCAAGUAUAAUCCUUCAAAUUGCAAAUUACAGACCACCACCCCUUCAUGAAGUAGUGGCAAGACGUAUAGAAAAACACCAGAAACUUGGAAAAUAUUUUGAAGAUAAUAAAACCUAUGUGGAUGAAACUUCAUAUUUUAAAUCAAAUCUUACAGAAAAAGAUAAAUUUCGAUUAAAGAGAAGAACAUGGGCAAAAUUGGGAUCUGCAUCCAAUAUUGAUCCCGCAUCACUCUUCCCGAGCAAAGAGGAAGUUGAAGCAGAGAUGAGAGCAGAGGAGGAAUGGUGGCCCACACUUAAUCAAAUGAAAGAAAAUUUGAGAAUUCAAAAAGAGAAAAAAGAAGCAAAAAGUUUGGAGAGAUCAAAAAAGAUUGCUCAAAACAUGGCAAAGAUGCCAAUGUGGAUCAAACAGUUCCAAGAAGAACAAGUGGCCACAAGAAAGAAGGAGCAGGAGAUGGAAAAACAGAGAGGAAUUCGACUUCAAAAAGUUCAAGAAAAAUUUGGUUUCGAAAUUUCAAGGAGGCAUCCCCAGUUUGUGGAGUAUAUGGAUAAUCAAAAGAUUCAAGAAAAAAGUAAAAAGAAACAACAAAUAAAAUCUCAAAAACAAUCUGAGAAGAAGGUUUAAUAUCAUAUGGAUGAAAUUGUGGGUUAAACUAUGGCAAGGCAAAAACACUCUUAAGUUUGUACUUUAGAAAAUACUGAAUAAAAUAAUAAAAUCAUUGUUUUACUGUG